AUGGUUCCUAAGAAUUUGCCGCAAAUUAUGAGAGCUGUUGGAUUCUACAAAUAUUUACCUUUAUCAGACGCAAAUAGCCUUAUCGACCUUGAAUUUAAUUUACCAAGUCUGCGUGAUAACGAUGUUUUGGUUGAAGUUAAAGCGACAUCUGUUAAUCCUAUUGACACAAAGCUACGAGCACCAAAAAUACUAAAAUCAACAAUUGAAGGUAAACUACGAAUUUUAGGUUUUGACGGUGCCGGUAUCAUUGUUGAUAAAGGAUCUAAUGGAAAAUUAUUCAACAUCGGUGAUGAAGUAUUCUUUACUGGUGAUUUUUCGAGAGAUGGGUCGAACGCCCAAUACGUAGCUCUCAGUGAAAUCGUUGUUAGAAGAAAACCUAAGAAUCUUACGUUUGAGCAAGCAGCGGCAAUGCCUUUGACAAGUUUUACAGCUUAUGAAUCUUUAUACGAUCGUCUGCUUCUAUCUGAAAAAGACAAGGGCAAAUCAUUGCUGAUUAUAAACAGUGGCGGAGGAGUGGGUUCCGUUUCAUCACAGAUGGCGAAGAAUUUGGGUUUAAAAGUAAUCGGUACAGCGUCUCGUCCUGAUAGCAUAGCAUUUAGUCGUAAAUAUGGAGUUGACAUUGUUCUCGUUCAUAAAAAAGAUUUAAUACCGCAAUUGGGCGCACAUGGGUACGGAAAAGGAGUAGACUAUAUUUUAGUGAAAUAAGAUCCGUUUCCAUACUGGAAAACAAUAAUGGAAGUUAUUAAACCCCAAGGCAAAAUCUGUUUAUUAGCAGAUAGCAGUGAGUUAAUGGAUUUGAAAUUAUUAAAGGACAAGAGCAUAACUUUAGUUUCUGAAAUGAUGUCACCAAGGAUUAAAUACGAUACAGAAGACAAGUUCAGAGUACACGAAAUAUUGCAAGACAUUUCUAAAAUGCUCGCUGAUGGCAGAGUAAAACAUACACUCACAAAAACGCUAUCUCCAUUUAAUGCAAAAAACUUAAGAGAGGCGCAUCAAAUUAUUGAACAAAAAAGCAUGAUUGGCAAACUCGUCAUUAGUGGAUUUUAA